AAUGAGAAUGUCGGAGGGGAAAGGGUUAACCGUGAGACGAAGUGUUUGGUGAACCCAGCUCAGCAGUAGAUUUUUGUCGGGAACGAGGUAGAAAAUGUACUUGGGUCCGGAAUACCGAAGGAAGAAGACGUGCUUGGGUCACGACAUGCAAAUCUCCCGAGCUGAUAAUACAGAGUAGACCUAUAGUGACCAUUGACGCUGGAUGCGGCGCGGUACUGACGCCUAGACCGCUAGACGAGGUGUGGCAUCUUUUUCUGUUAUUGCUUAUGGAAUUGUAAUAGAACUCACGUAGGUUUUAAAGAUGGUAACACUAACAUAUGAGAGGAAGAUGUGUGGAUUUGAGAAUAUCGUUUAGAAUAGUAGUAUAGUGUAACCUCGAGUUACAGGUUUUAAUUGUAUGGACUGAAAGAACUGGAGUCAUUCUGGAUGAGGAAGAAUCGCCUCCCAGGACCAUUCCUUGAUCGCCUUUGGUCCAACACCCAGCAGUAAGUGGGCUAGGAGCACCGUUAUCUCCGUGACGUCACCGCGGAGUACCUCGGUAACCUCCUCACCGACACGACCAGUGUGUACUGUACGGCCUUCGCGUGUCGUCAGCCGCCGAUAUCGAGUUACCCCCAGCGACCACAGAAUCUCUUAGCCCACCCACUUCCCGGGGCAAGGAUCAACUGGUGGUUUCUACAGGAAGUGUAUUGUGUUACAUGUAUUAGGAUUGUAUAGUUGGGCAGGAGAUGUGGAGGGCGACACCCUAAUAGCGAUCGAGAUGAUGAACCCAUCACCAAGCAGUGAAGCAUCAGUACCAGCUGUUGAACCAGAUGAACUACCCCCACCAUAUACAGCCACCCCACAGGGGGGCAUACCCAUGAUCAACUGUCGUGUGUGUCAAGCCAUGAUAAACAUUGAGGGCAAGCAGCACUUACAUGUGGUCAAGUGUUCUGUGUGUCAAGAAGCCACGCCUAUUAAAGCCCCACCUCCAGGCAAGAAGUAUGUACGAUGUCCAUGCAACUGCCUUCUGGUAUGUCGCAGCACAGCCCAGCGCAUAGCAUGCCCACGGCCAAACUGUCAGCGUGUUAUAAAUGUGGGCACACCGCAUUUGACAUCAACUGUGCAGUCACCAAACUCCCAGCAGGUGAAGUGUGCGUAUUGCCAUCAGAUGUUUCUCUUCAGUGUGGUCGCAAGAGCACUUGCCAGAUGCCCUCACUGUAGAAAGGUGUCAUCAGUUGGUUACAAUUCUGUCCGUGUGCGAGGCAUCAUCUGUCUGGUGCUUGGACUGGCCUUAAUUAGUGCUGGCAUUGGGGUCACGGUUGGAACUUAUGAAAUGGCCAAAUCAAAUGGUGGGAUCUAUGUUGUUUGGAUUGGUGCAUUCAUCUCCGGGCUCAUUUUUGUGAUCAGAUCAAUCUUCUACAUGAUGAUUAGGACCAGUACUGUAGUGUCAUCUCACUGAAGGUCCUCUCAUAUCUUACCAAAAGUUUCAUCCUUACCAUGAGGUUGCUGUCCCACUAAGUUCAACAGAUGAAAUACUCCAACUACCCGCCUCCCCUACCACAUGCUUUCUGUGUGCAGGCUUACUAAAAUAUCUUCAAAAACAAAAGACUCUUUUUUUUGUAAAUUGAAACUCUGUCAGUUUUUCAAUAGACUGAGUAGAAAAUAUGAAUCUUCUUUGCAUUCAGUAGGUCAAACAAGAAAUAACUGGAAGUGUAGAGAAUACAUACUCAGAUGUGAACCUUUGGUAUGCAUUGAGAGAUUUUCAUAUCUGGUGUGACUGUCCUAAAUUCAAAAUAAAUUUUACAUCCAGGUUGUUUUUACCCAUGAACUUGUCUGAAAGCUUGUGGCUGGUACCAUAUAUUCACAAAAUGGAUCUUGGAAAAAGUAUAUUGAAAAUAAAGCAUGCCAAAGUUUAAAACACAGGAGUGCAAUAUAGUUUUCUCCCCCAAAACUGUAUUUCCUUACAGGUGCUUGGUAUUUAUUUGCAUAAAAAGUUGCCAUUAUAAUGUGGGUAUUUUAUUUAAAAAUGUGUUCCCAACAAGAAGAGAUUUUUUUUGUAUGAAAGGCUAAACAUUCCACUUUUGGGGGUUUAACAUUGGCAUUGUAGUUUUUGCUGAAGGGCAUUCCUUUACCAUAAACUGUGAAAUGAUGAAGCAAUUUACAUAUACUUUUGCACUUUAGAGCAGUUUGUCAAAAUAAUUUUUGCCAGAAUGAUAAAAGCCAGUAGUUACAUGUUUUGUUGUAGAUAACUUCUAAACUAUAUGAGAGUUAAAGAAAAAGGCAAAAGAAGACAAAAAUACUUGUGCACGUGUGUGUGCUUUCUGUUAAGGCAUGUUGAUUGAGAAUUUGUAACAAAGGCUUUCCUGAUUUCUGUCUACUAAACAGCUGUGAAACUUUUUUGCAAACAGUUUUGUAACUGUAGCUGUUGUCUUUACAUUAUUUUUGGUUGUUUAUGCUGCUGAGAAUAGACAUUAUGUGCAUAAAAAUUUGCAAUCUUAGUCUCUUUAUACUUUCUGUUAGGGAAGUGGCACAGUUAAUUAACUCGGAUGACUAGUAUCUGCACCAUGCAUAAUGAUCAUUUAGAAGUUGCCUAGCAGGUACUGUGUUUACUUAUUCAGUCACUUACACCAUUUAGAAAAUAAGACAAGCCACCCACCAUUCAUUCAUGGCAAACAACAGUCAGGCAAAGCUAGACAAUAGGAGAAGAAAGGAGGAUUCAGGGUUUAUAGCAGAAAUGUUUACUUCCAUUCUGCAAGAAUUUUGUUUUUGUAUGAAGAUUUUCUGUUCUUUCUUUGGGUGCUUUAUUUCUGUUUAACAAGGCAUAUGUGUUUGGAUUGAGAUGGGUGUUGCUGUCAUGAGUAAGUGGACUGACACCUUAAUUGAAAGAGAGUCCUUUUUUCAUAAAUUAUUAUAAUCUGAUAUCAUAAAAACAUAUCUGCAUUAUGUCAAUUUUUGCAAAUAUUGCCUUUCAAAAAAGAAAUCUUUUGUGCUAUAUAUGUCUUGGAAGUUCUGUUUUAAAUGUUUCACUUAUUUCGUUAUUAAUAUACAUGUUUAUGAUUUUAUGACUUAACCUCUGCUGUUCAAAUGACUGUGAGUUACCCCGAAAUUCCCUUUUAUUAUUUUUUUUCUUGUUUAUUAUUUAUAUAUUUGUCAUGCUAUCAGGGUUUCUUUUAGACACCUAGUGCAUAUCAUGACUACCAGUAUUGCUCUUAUGAUGUUAAAGCCCUCGUUUUGGUGAGGAGGGGGAGCUUGGGGGUAGAGGUUGGAGCAGUCCUUUUACUUUUAGCCUUUUUGAAAAUAUUUGUUGGAGUUGCUUAGUUCUUUUUUAUUAUUCUUGUGAAUUUUGGCAAGGCUGUCAACAAAAUGUGAUGUCAACUAAUCACCAAAGACUGAAAAACUAUGUCGAACCCACCAAUUUUCUCAGGUUCAAAAAGAAGUUUGCUUGCUACUUAAAUUUUAAGAUUUUUUUACAAAUAUUUUUUAGAGUAAGAACAAAAACCAGAAUCAAAACAUUUUGCUGCAGCAUUGUUAUUACCUUUUUCUGGACUCUUGCUUGAUAGCUUAUCUCCUGUGUUGUUCCCCUUGUUGCAGCCAUGUGGCACCUUGACCUGAAUAUCUGUACUCACAGUUGAUCAUGAAGUUCUCGCUGUUUUUUUUUUUUGUUUUUUUUUUAAAAAACAAGGUUUGUUUUAUCAAAUGGGAUUGUCAACAGGAUUGCAGGUGACUGUUAAACGGAUUGAUGGAGAAAACUUAAAUCGUGAGUUGUAUUAACCAGGCAGUUACAACAUGCGACUAUUCUUGCACAUUACUGUAGUUUCAUCGAUUGUGAUGAAAUGUGGACAGUCAUGCCUAGCGCUUUUAACCCUUCUUUGACGGUGGGGAAAAGUGCUAUACAAAUCAACAUAUUAUUAUUAUUAAAUGGCGUUGGAUCUUUUAAUAAUUUUUCUAUACACAACUACAAGAUUCUGUUUGCCGCUAUUAAGACAUUAAACCUGACAUUUUUACGAAUGAGUGACCAUAAAGAUUGUUAGGCUUUUGCAGUCUAUACAGGUCUUGAAAGGCUGCUUAACAUAGAACAAAAAAUAAAACUUCAAAAUUGUCUCCAAAUGAACAUUCCUUGAAUCAUUUGUGGCAUAUGUCAUAUCACUGUGCCUGUGUUUUCUGAGUUCAUCAGAAUUAAAUGCUACGUUUGCUAUUGCACAAAUCUGUAGUUUGUGGUUCAAUGUGGAUACACCCAACAGUUUUCACUGAGAACAUGAGAUACUGUGGUUUCAUUUAUUAAGGAGAAAGAUUGUCUUACCAGCAUAGCUUUUCAUUUGAUUUUAAAAGGGAAUGUGUAAGCAUGGAUAAUGCAUUUUGUGUGCUUUUAAAAUUUAAUUAUAUUUGUGAUAAAUGAAUUCAAACAGAAAUAAGCUGCAUGUUUCAUAUUCUGUGUGAAUGCAUCCACACUUGAAAAACUCAACAACUCUUUUCAUAGUGAGUACUGUUUUAAAAUUUAUUGAUGGCUAAACUGAAAGAAUAUGCCUAUAUUGAAAAUAUUUUAAAAUUAGAGUAUACAUUCAUUUAUUCAUCUCUUGACUGAUACCAAUUAACAAAUGACUUUUCUGGUCCACCCAUACUGGUUGUUGUGGCAACAACUGGAUAGCUGCAGCAGCUGACAAGGCUUGCCACACAUCCUGUCUUGAGCAGCAGCUAGUAGGUCUUGCAUGGUAUGGCCAGUCCAAAGUGUCUACAAUUUUGAUAAUGGGCAUCUCCUAUCAGGAGAGUUUUAUCACAUGCAGGACCAACAGAUUGGGGCUGUCCUUUAUCCUGUGUGAAUGUUGAUCGUAUGUAAGUUUGACAGGACUGUGAAGGUCUUCCUGGGGUAUGUAUAUGUGAUGGUAUUGUUGUUUGUUGUGCUUCUGUUUUCUUAUAGAGCUGCUACUGAUUGCACUUGUGAUAUAUAAAGUCUUAUCAUUGUGUUAGUUUGGCAUUUUUUUCUCUGCCUCUGCAUGUGAAGGAUGGUCUUAUGAGGAGUGUUGUCAGAUGAGUUGGGCAGUCCAGACCAGCUUGUGCUUGUCAAGAAGCAACAGUCAAAGAUCCAUUCAUCUGUGUGCCUGGCUGGUCUGUAGCCAGUUUCUUUUGUUGGCAGUUCCUCAGUGGUGAUGUUGAGGCAAUUCUUGAUUACUUUCAGCAUGAUUUUCCUUAGGCUUAUGGUUCUGUAGUUUUGGCAGCUUACUGUUUCCUUUCUUGGGAAGGGGUAUCAAGUGAUUGCAUCCAUUCUUAGCAUUCCUAAAUUCUCUGGCAAUUUACCAUUGCAUGUAGGAGUAUGAAAAUGUCUUGUUAAACACAGUUUGCAUUGACUAGUCAAGAAACAACAUUAAAGUUUUAGUGGCAAGUUAUCAUAAUGAGGUUUCUUCAUUUUCGUGGGUUUUAAUAAUUGUAUAUUGGUAAAGCUUUUUUAAUCUCAAAGAUGAUUUGUGCAAUAACAUCAGUGGUUUUUGUCUCAGCUGCAAAAUCGUGAUUCUUAAGAAAAAAAAAGGUUGUGUGCAACAAUACUUUAAUCUAGCACACUUUCUGUGUUGUUUUGGAAUUUUGUUUACCAUACAUUUUGGACUUUUCUUGUUAAUUUGUUAAUUUGAAUAAAAUAAAAUGUUUCCCUUUU